AUGGGCACCCUCAUAGACAUUAUUCUGACCAACUGGCUCUCCAAAUACACCUCCGCUGUCUUCAAUCAGGAUCUCAAUGAUCACUUCCUCAUUGCCUGUAUCCGCUACGGCCCAAUCAAGCAGGAGAGACCAGCCUCCCCUGUUCCCAGCUGUGUGUCCAUGAAGAGUGACCGGUCUAUGAUGCAACCUAUAGAGUUUAGAGAGGGAGACUUUUCUACUGAACAAAGUCGAGUACAUCAAGGAGAAGAUCGGGAGGAUCUCUCUCCAGAGAGGAGCAUCAAUCUGUUCCACUGUCUGAAUGAACUGAAUGACCAUUCUCUAGUGGAGGAGAUCCAAAGAUACCUGAGAUCAGGAAGUCUCUCUAGACCCAAACUGUCACCUGCACAGUGGUCAGCUCUGGUCUUUGUGUUGCUGACUUCAGAAAAGGAGCUGGAUGUGUUUGACCUAAAGAAAUACUCCAGAUCAGAGGAAGGUCUUCUGAGGCUGCUGCCAGUGGUCAAAGCCUCCAGAGCUGCUCUGCUGUCAGGCUGUGGAAUCACAGAGGAAGGCUGUGCUUCUCUGGUCUCAGCUCUGGAGUCAAACCCCUCACACCUGAGAGAGCUGGAUCUGAGUAACAAUGACCUGAAGGAUUCAGGAGUGAAGCUGCUCUCUGCUGGACUGGGGAAUCCCCACUGUAAACUGGAGACUCUGAGACUCACUGUCUGUAAACUCACAGACACAUCCUGUAAAGUGUUGGCCUCAGUUCUCAGUUCAAACCCCUCACACCUGAGAGAGCUGGAUCUGAGUAACAAUGACCUGAAGGAUUCAGGAGUGAAGUUGCUCUCUGCUGGACUGGGGAAUCCCCACUGUAAACUGGAGACUCUGAGACUCACUGUCUGUAAACUCACAGACACAUCCUGUAAAGUGUUGGCCUCAGUUCUCAGGUCAAACCCCUCACACCUGAGAGAGCUGGACCUGAGUAACAAUGACCUGAAGGAUUCAGGAGUGAAGCUGCUCUCUGCUGGACUGGGGAAUCCCCACUGUAAACUGGAGACUCUGAGGCUGUCAGGCUGUCUAGUCACAGAGGAAGGCUGUGCUUCUCUGGUCUCAGCUCUGAGGUCAAACCCCUCACACCUGAGAGAGCUGGACCUGAGCUACAAUCACCCAGGAGACUCAGGAGUCAGACUGCUCUCUGCUGGACUGGAGGAUCCACACUGCAGACUGGAGAAACUCAAUGUGGAACAUGGUGGAGAGAACAGAAUGAAACCUGGACUUAGAAAAUAUGUCUGUGAUCUCACACUGGACCUAAACACAGUAGACAGAUGCCUCUCUCUGUCUGAGGAGAACAGAAAGGUGACAUGUAGGACAGAGGAGCAGCCGUAUCCUGAUCACCCAGAGAGAUUUGAGGACUGUGGACAGGUGCUGUGUAGAGAGGGUCUGACUGGGCGCUGUUACUGGGAGGUAGAGUGGAGUGGAAGAGGGGCUGAUAUAGGAAUGACAUAUAAAGGAAUCAGCAGGAGAGGAGGGGGUGAUGACUGUUGUCUUGGAUACAAUGACAAGUCCUGGAGUCUGACCUGCUCUGACAACAGUUACAUUGCCAGGCACAAUAAUAAACCCACUACCAUAGACUUCCCCUCCUCCAGCUCCCACAGAGUAGGAGUGUGUCUGGACUGGCCAGCCGGCACUCUGUCCUUCUAUAGAGCCUCCUCUGACACACUGACCCACCUGAUCACAUUCACCUCCACAUUCACUGAGCCCCUCUAUCCAGGGUUUGGGGUUUAUUAUUUUGGCGACUCAGUGUCCCUGAAAUAAUAACCUGACACACACACACACACAGGACACACACACACAGGACACACACACACACUGACUGGACACACACACACACUGGACACACACACACACUGGACACACACACACACUGGACACACACACACACUGGACACACACACACUCUGGACACACACACACACUGGACACACACACACACUGGACACACACACACACUGGACACACACACACACUGGACACACACACACACACUGGACACACACACUGGACACACACACACACUGGACACACACACACACACACUGGACACACACACACACACACACUGGACACACACACACACUGGACACACACACACACUGGACACACACACACACACUGGACACACACACACACACACUGGACACACACACACACACUGGACACACACACACACAC